AUGGUUUACUGCGGACCACCCUCAAAAGGAUGUCAGACUUGCCGAGAGAAGAAGGUCCGGUGUGACCAGCGUCCUGGCGGAUGUAUCAGAUGCGCAAAAGCCAGGCGCGAGUGUCCAGGCUAUCGAAACCAGUCAGACUUGAUGUUCCGGAACGAGAGUACAGAAGUUGUUAGGAAGGCCAAGGCAAAGGCUGCCUCCAAGAGUAGAUCGGCUUCCCCGGGCUUCAAAUCUUCCACACCACCACCACCACCACAAUCACCAUUUCCGGAGCACGACAGAGAGAGCUCCCUCAUCCUCGGACGGCGGAAUGAUAGUCCAAAUCCAACACCCUCGAACUCAUAUUACUCGAUGGCCCCCACAAUCGACGAAAAGGCUACUGGCUUCUUCGUCACUAAUUAUAUCAUCAACAUGGAUAGGCGUCCAGGCAAUUCUGCAGGCUACAGAAUGGACGAUAAUCUUUCGAAUUGCAUGAAAGCUGUGGGACUCGCUGCGCUGGCAAGCGCCGCUCAUGCUCCUGAACUCGUACAAGAGGCACAUAGGCGGUACCUGUCUGCCAUUAAACUUACCAAUGCCGCUUUGGGAUCUCCUGUUGAUGUCAAGAAAGAUAGUACCCUACUAGCCAUCAUGUUGCUGAGCGUUUUCGAAACCGUGACCAGUGGUCGCCAACGCUCACUGAGCGCUUGGACAAAUCAUAUCAAUGGCGCCGCCGCCGUCAUCAAAGUACGAGGACCGGAGCAACUGGCUAGUAUAGGAGGAGUUCGUAUGUUCAUGCAAGUGACGGCCAGUCUCACGGUCAGCUGCCUGGAAGUAGGAAUGGCAUUGCCAGAACAUAUCCUGGCGUUGAAUGCCCAAAUUACCAGGCAUGCUGAUCUUAGCGACCCAGCAUGGCGCUAUUACGAGACCAUGAUGAUGCUCACUAAUUUCCGAGGGCAUGUGAGGUGUGGACUCAUCUCUAACCCACAAGAGAUACUCGCAAGGGCGCUCGAAAUCGACAAGGCUGCUCUUGCGAUCUGUGCCAAUGCCUCAUGUGUCUAUGAGUAUGAGACAGUUUACACGAGUGCUGAUCCUGGUGUCAUCUUCGCCGGUUACUACCAUAUGUAUCAUGAUUACAUGUCGGCUUCGGUAUGGAAUGGAAUGCGGGCCAUCAGAUUGAUGUUGCAAGAAAUCAUACGAGACACACUCUUGAAGCUCCAUUCCUCUAGGCCACCAUUUUCCACCAACGAGCAGUAUAGAGCACAAUAUCAGGCAUCGACCAGUACCUUGUACCAAGUGCAAUCCGACAUCAUCGCCAGUGUGCCUCAGCAUUUGGGCUACUCGCCCACGAAGUCAACAUCUGGCGGGGUCUCAGGCCACAGUUUCCCCUGGUCACCUUUCAAUAGUCGCGUAGUCACUCCCCUCCAUUCGUUGAAGUCAAACUCAGCUGACCCUCCGAUGAUCCGUUCUCUCGGGGGUUACGGCCUGCCAUGGGCAAUCUAUCUCGCGGGCUCCGUCGACAUCGCCACCGAGCCUGUCCAAAAGUGGGCUAUUGGGACUCUCCAGGGGAUUGGUCGAUCGAUGGGGAUACAGCAAGCUAUUGUUCUUGCAGAUAAAUUGAAUAAGAAGAAUACUGGAGUCUGA